GUAAAUAUUUUUUAGGGGUCAAAUAAGGGAAGAAAAGGCAUAAAAUAGGGGAAGCACCAAAUUGGAGGGAGUCGAGAGUUAGGGACGGAGCGAGAGAAGAUGAGCUACGUAUUAACGACGCUGACGAAGAAGAAGGAAAUAGACUCUAUAAUCAGAGACACCAUCGACAAGGUUCUCGUCCUCCGCUUUGGCCGUGCAUCCGACCCCGGCUGCCUUCACCUCGAUGACCUGCUAUCGAAAUCUGCUCGAGAGGUUUCCAAAUUCGCAAAUAUAGCUUUAGUAGAUAUAGACUCGGAGGAUGUUCAAGUUUACAUCAAAUAUUUCGACAUUUCUUUGAUUCCUUCUACCAUUUUUUUCUUCAAUGCUCAUCAUAUGAAGAUGGAUUCCGGGACUGCUGAUCAUACUAAAUGGAUUGGUGCAUUUCACACGAAACAAGAUUUCAUUGAUGUAGUGGAGGCUAUAUUUAGAGGGGCAAUGAAAGGCAAAAUGAUUGUGAAUUGUCCUCUGCCCCAAGAGCGAAUACCAAAAUAUCAGUUGUUAUACAAGGAUUUGUAAAGCUGUAAAAUGUUGCCUUCUUUUGUUUGGAGACUUCCACUCAAUUCUGUGAGAGCUUACCAUUGCUUGCUUGAUUGAUCGUUGAUAUGGAAGGAAUUACUGUGAACCUAUUGAUGAAUUUCAGGAAUUAACAAGUGUACAUUUGACGGCAUUUGCAUUAUAUUAUAUUUUUUUGCUGAUCUUUUAAGUUAAAGCAAAAUUAGGACUGGCAUGUUGCGGAUUUCAUCUCGGUCUGCAAUUUUUCAAUGGAAAUUAGAUGAACUUUGGAGUUGAAUAGAGCGCCCAUGGAUGAAAAUAUGUCAUUUGCACCCUACUGUUUUUUCUGGAGCUAUUUUUCUUCAAGCAAGACUUGGUCUGUCCUGUUGCAGGUUUCAUUAUUUUAUAAAACAUGCUUUAUAUUAGUAUAUUAA